GUGUACCUUAAAACGUAAAACACGAAGCAAAACUGAUAAAUAUUGGUUUGCGUGUUUUGCUUUGUAGGUAAAAUGUGUAAUCUUCGCUGAUAAGUACAGCAAAUGGAAGAUUUUAAAAUAAAAGAUGAACCAAUGGAUGCAUUAAACAUAGACAGUCAGGUUAUGGACGAAAACAUUGUAAGCGUUGUACUUAAGGAAGAACCGGAUAGAUUUGAUCCAGACUACAUGGAGGACAUUUGCUCCGGGACAUUCGAGAAGGUAUUUUUACCUAUCGAAAAUAAUGAGGUUGACUUCUCUAAUGAAAUGGUAAAACUUGAAUUAGAUGGAGAGUCUAGUAGUCACCAGAAUUGGACAGCACAAAUUACUGGUACUAAUUUGUGCGAUAAAGAAGAUGGGGCUAUGCAAAGGUGCUUGGCAAGUGCAAAUUUUAUACAAGUACAAGAUGUUGAGAAACAUACUGGGUUUUGUACAAAUGGACAGCAACCCAAAUUUUAUAAAAUACAAUGUUCCAUUUGCAAGAAAUGGUUCCUGAACAAUGAUUCUAUGGUUACCCACUUAAGGCUGCACUGCAGUGGUAAUCAAUGCGAAGUUUGUCACCAAAAUUUUCCAGAUAAUUCUAGUUUACAUAUUCAUAUGUUAACCCACGUUGGGAUGAGCCCGUUGGAAUGUAAUAUUUGUCAAAAGCGAUUUGCGUAUAAAUGGUGUCUACGCAAUCACAUGCAAAUGCAUGUAUCGGAAAAACCGUACGAUCAUGAUCCGGUACAUCAAGCGUUUAUGAAGAGGGACGAUUCUGAAAACAAUCAAUCGAUGAACCCAGGAGAAAGAUUGUUCGAAUGCGAUGUUUGUCACGCAACGUUUAAAGAGAAAUCUAGUCUGAAUCGGCACAUGCUUACCCACACCGAGGAAAGACCAUACAAAUGCGAUAUAUGUGUUGCCGCGUUUAGGGAAAAGGCAAAAUUAAACAUGCAUAUGACGUUACACGAAGGUGAAAAACAGUUUAAAUGUACGAUGUGUUACAGAUCGUUUACACAGAAAACAGCACUAAACAAUCAUAUGUUAGCGCAUAGCGGUGAGAAACCGCAUGCUUGUAAUAUUUGCGAGAAAACGUAUAGACGAAAGUCUGAAUUAAUAAGACAUACGAUGGUUCACACCGGCGAAAGACCGUACGAAUGCAAAGAAUGUUUAAUGACCUUUCGGGAAAAGGCGAAAUUAAAUUCUCACAUGCUUGUGCACACAGGUGAAAAACCACACGAAUGUCAUAUAUGUCAUAAGGCAUGCGCUCGGAAAUCUGAUCUUAAUAGUCAUAUGUUACUGCACACUGGUGGCCAGUAUGACUGUAAAGUUUGCGAUAAAAUAUUUACCCGCAAAUCCGAUUUGAAUCGGCAUACCUUGAUACAUACAGGUGAAAAGCCAUUUGCUUGUGAAUUAUGCGACAUGGCUUUCAGAGAAAAAACCAGAUUAAAUUCUCAUAUGCUUAUUCAUACCGGUGAUAAACGACACUCCUGUCACAUUUGUCAGAAAACGUUUAAAGAGAAGUCUUCGUUGCGGAAGCAUAUGUUAAGCCACACUGGCGAUAGACCAUACGAGUGUUACGUAUGCCAUAAAGCAUUUACACAAAAGACAACGUUGAAUAGCCACAUAUUAGUACACGCAGCAGAGCGACCGUACGAGUGCAGUGCGUGUCAAAAAAUAUUUAAGGACAAAGCAACGUUGAAAAAACAUUUAUCAGUACACACAAACGAAAAAACACAUGAAUGUUUGAUCUGUUUGAAAAAGUUUGCCCAUAAAGCUGCAUUAAAUAGUCAUUUAUCUACAAAUCAUACGACCUAAUCAGGGGGAUCUAGUCUAUCACAUUUCGGCUUUUAGUUUCUUUCUAUCAAGCACUGUAUGUCUAUAGCUGCGUAAAGAUAAUUACGUAUAUGUACAUCUGUUUUAUAUGCUCACUGAUCCAAACAAACCUAUUCUUUUCUGUAUAUCUUUACGUAUAAUAAAUUAAUUUCUAAUUA